AUGGCUUGUUGCUCCAAACCCGAGACGAAAUGGGUCUGCAACGAGUUUGAGAUCACUCUAAUUUCAGCUACAGAUGUUGAAGGUCGAAAUUUUUCGAGGACGAGAGUUUAUGCAGGUGUCUCAAUCUGUGGUGGGGCGGAGCAGAAAACUCCGGUGGACAUGGAGAACGGGACCAACCCUACUUUGAAUUUCAACGCCAUACACCCCAUAGAUGACUCCGAUGUCCAACAUUAUUGCUCCAGGGUUGUGAUCAAGUUAUACUGGAAACGGCGGCUUUUAAGUGACCGAUGCAUCGGUCACGUUGAUGUGCCGCUGAGGGAGCUCAGAGAUAGGGCGUCUAGACCCUAUGUGGAAUACCCCGUGAGAAGAGGAUCAAUUGUUACAAAGGGAACGCUGAGAUUUUCAUAUCGGUUCGGGGAAACCAAAGCUGCUGGAAACCCUUCUUGUAGCUGGAUCAAGAGAGCAUUCGACGGAGUUAUUGCAUUUGUGAGCGUGUUAGCACUUGCUGUGCCAUGUUGUGUAGCUAGCUAA